AUGUCAGGGAAAGAGUCUACUGAAAUUUCGGAUCCUGGAGUUCCUCAGUUACCUAAGAAAGUUGAAUCUCAUCCAGAAGCAUUCGUGACGGACAUCAAUGGUGAUCGAGGUGAAAAGGCAGGAUACAAUGGGGAGAACCAGAAAGUUGACGGCCCAGCCGCCAACUAUGAAGAUGGUCAAAUGCACCGUACGCUUAAACAGCGACAUAUGGCUAUGAUUGCUUUGGGAGGUGCUAUUGGUACCGGUCUUUUCGUUGGAUCCGGUUCAGCGUUGUCUACAGGUGGUCCUGUGGGUUUAUGGUUAGGUUAUAUCUUUAUGUCAUCCAUUGUAUACUCUAUGAUGGUGGCACUUGGAGAAAUGGCUUCGUUGUUCCCCGUAGCUGGUGCUUUCACUCAUUAUGCCGCUCGUUUCGUUGAUCCCGCUCUUGGUUUUGCCACCGGUAUCAAUUAUUGGUAUUCCUACGCUAUCACGAUCCCCGUCGAGGUUGUUGCCGCUGCUAUCGUCAUUUCCUAUUGGGAUGCCGACACCAACGCUGCCGUAUAUAUCACCGUCUGUCUCGUUUUGAUCUUCGCAGUCAACCUGUUUGGUGCACGAGUAUACGGUGAAACGGAAUUCUGGUUCUCUGCCAUCAAAGUCGUGACUAUCGUCGGUCUCAUUCUACUCGGUAUCAUCUUGAUGUGUGGUGGUGGACCCAAUCACGACGCCAUAGGUUUCAGAUACUGGCGCAACCCCGGUCCUUUCGCUCAAAUGACCAUCAACGGAGGAGAUGGAGUCAUCGAAGGUGCAUGGGGACAAUUCCUAGCUUUCUGGAACGUAUUCAUCCAAGCUGCUUUCUCUUUCCUCGGUACUGAAAUCAUCGCCACGACACUUGGAGAAGCUGAGAACCCAAGAAAGACUGUACCCAAAGCGAUCAAACGAGUUUUCUUCCGUCUGGUCUUCUUCUACAUCAUGGGAAUCUUUGUCAUCUCAGUAUUGGUUCCUUACGAUAAUGAGGACCUUCUCAAUGGAUCUGGGAAUGCCGCUGCCUCUCCAUUCGUCAUUGCCAUCAAAAAUGCCGGUAUCAAGGCUUUACCUUCCAUCGUGAAUGCUGUCAUUCUAGUCGCCGCUUGGUCAGCUGGUAAUUCGGACCUCUACGCCGCCUCGCGUACUUUCUACGCAUUGGCGUUGGAAAGGCAGAUGCCAAAGAUUUUCAGAAAGUGCACAAAGAAGGGUCUACCUAUUUGGAGUGUGGUUAUUACUGGUCUUUUCGGGUUCUUGGCGUACUUGAACCAAGGUGGAGAUAGUGCUGUCACAGCUUUCAAUUGGCUUUACAACAUUUCCGCCGUUACUGGUGUAAUUACCUGGUGGGGUAUCCUUCUAUCCUACCUACGAUUCUACUACGGUCUCAAGAAACAAGGAUUAUCCCGUGAAGGUUUCCCUUACCUUGCACCUCUUCAACCUUGGUUGUCUUGGUACGGAUUCAUCUUCCUCACCCUCGUCAUGCUUUUCAACGGUUUCCCUGUCUUCCUCAAGGGUAAUUGGGACACCUCUUCAUUCUUCGUCGCUUAUGUCUCCCUUCUGCUCUUCGCUAUCUGCUGGCUGGGAUGGAAGGUCGUCAAGAAGACCAAAGUCGUCCCUCUCGAUGAAAUUGAUUUCACCACCGGUAGAAGAGAACUUGACGAACUUGAAGCUCUCGAUAGGGAAAGAUUCGCGACUGAGAGCAAGUAUCAGAAGAUUAUGAGUAUCUUAUUCUAG